GUCAAAUAUUUAAUGCUUUUUUUGCUUUUUCACCAAUAGUGCAAAUCUAUGGUGGGUAAAAUGCCUUUGCAUGAAUCAAGCUAGAAGCAACAGAUUAUAUUUAAGGGAUUAUAUUCCUGGGUAGAUGCUUACAUUUUAUUAGAAGUAAAUUUCAUUUAAUGUCCUUGUUGAAACAGUAAAAAUUAUUGCUUUAGUAACCAUCAGCCCUUGACUAUAUGUUGUUUUAACACAUGAUGCGAUGAUGAAAUGAGAAAAACACACAGAGCAGUUCUGCUGCAUUCAAAAGCACAGUAGUCUCUCAAGGGAAAGCCUGCUGUGAUAUUUGAGUUGAAAGUUAAAUUAUCUACUUUGUUAUGUUACAUUACUCUUAUGCGAAUAAAACAGUUGAAGUUCACACUUAGGUUUGUGGCUUACUAUAAAUAGUGAGCCUGAGCUUUGAGGAGAAUAACGAGUAGUUGUUAACAGUGACAAAGUUCUGCUUUUCAAGCAAUAAUUAGAAUUUUGGAGAACUUAAAUCUCCACCAUCACCUUGACAGUUUGCCAGUGCUUGAAAUUUUUUCUGAUGAUAGCAGUGGUGAUAUUAACAAACAUGAGUUUUUCUGUUUCGUAAUGAAAUAUGUCAGUACUUAAAACAUACCAUAACUCAGUGACCCAUUUCCUCCCCCAGGUUACCAACGCAUGAUGUUACAAAAUUAUGCAUGGGUAAUAAACACCAUGAGAGUUCAAAACAGACUAAUAGGUUUUAAUCCAGAGUUUGAAAAUUCAUUGAUAUAGUUUCCAGAUUUCAUAUUGCACGUAAGCUAGUCAGAAUUCAGUAUAGUCUCAAAAAAUAAAUAUCCACAAUGACAUGAAAAAGCUAUUAAGAACACAUUUCUAAGCAUACAUCUUUGUUUAACUUGUAUUUUUCACCCAAAUGACAUAUCAGAUAUAUUGAAUGUAGAUGGUAAACUGAUAAUCCAGGGGGUCUUUAUGUUGAGCCACUAUUAAAGAGAUUCAUAAAGAUGUAAAACAGUGUCAUUAUUCUCACUAAUUUUUGUUUUUAAAAUAUAUUUUACUAAUAGUAUAUAUUAGCAUGGACUGAGUUCUUCUUUUAAUGAAUUAAUGUAUAUUUUAAAAAUGUCUUGGUUUCAGUUUCUAACAUGAAAUUAUUUAUGGGGACAGCAGCAUUAACACUUGGGUGUUCUCCUCAUUGUAUUUAGAGUAUGAAGGAGUUCUGAGACCAAAGAGUCUGAGAACCAUUGCUCUACAUCCGUGCACUUUCUUCUUGAAACUGUCCUCCACUUAAGUGGAUAAGGCCAAUUCCCUCCAGGGUGUAAAGAAACAUAUGAAAGAGACGGAAAUCGAAUCUACCAAAAAGAGUUGACUAUAACACAGGUAGUUUGCUAAUUAUCACUGUCAUUGCAGCUAAUUAGGGUAACCCAGAAUCUGAGUGAAUGAGCACUGCUGCAUGUAUGAUCACCUACAUUCACCUAUGAACCUACGUUGAUUUAUUCAACAAGCAGUUGUUCAGGUUCUAUUUUUUUCUGGGCUCUGCAGAGGGUGAUAAGGAUUCAAAAUAGAAUAAGACAUUAGCUUCUGAGCAGAAUUUGAAAGUUAUGAUGAAUUAGUGCCUGUCUGUGGUUAUCACAGAAACAUCUGACUGGAACACAUCUGGGACAAUGAGGUUGUCAAGAUUCAUACAGAAAUGAAGCCAUAAGGUGUCAGGAAAAUCAAAGUGUGAGCUGGCCUGAAAUUUUAAUGACACCAGGACUAUGUGAGAUAAUUUAUUUAGCUUGUGUGGUUUGCCGGUAGCAUAUGCUUUAAGGACACGCAUAUGCAUGACAUAAAUGCUGUACUCUGAAGAAGUCUACGGCCUAGUGGUGGUAACAGAAUGGAGCUCUGUUUAUUAAAAUGAGGAAAUAAUAUCAAACACUGCACCGAUGUCAAGUAGAUAGGACAUAGGUGAGUAUCUCCUGGCUGAUGAAAUUUUAAACAUUCUUAAAGAACAAAAGGAAAAUGAACUUUUUAAAAAAGUCUUUAAGCAGCAAGACAGAAUGAAUAACAUAUUUUCCAAAGUUAUAACCACCAAUGAAUUUGAAGGAGAGUUAGAUCCUAUCUGAGGUAUUUACUGUACAGUCAUUAAUUUGGUAUUGGGAAGACAAAUCUAUGCAACAAGCAAGACUUAGGAGAUGGAGCAGCAAGCCUAGCCUUUCCCUUGCAUUUUUAAUUAGGAUUAAGUGAGAAGACAGAUGUGAAGAGCUGGAUUAUUAGACUUAAAGAAGGCAGAAGGGAGAAAGGUUUUCAUUUUGGCCCUCAUUAGCCACCCUUAUUCCUUGCCGUAACAUAAGGAGAAAAUGCUUCUUCUCUUAGAGGAGGAUGAUUAACCCCAAAUCCUGAGUCACAGGAAAGGCAGUGAGGAUGACGCAUGAAAAAGGAAAAUGCAGACCAAGAAAAGGAUGUGCCUCUCUUCCCGUUUUACGCAGCCUCAGGUGCACAUUGUUUACUCAGUGUCUGUCAUUUAGAUAGAGAUAAGAGUCUCACAGUAGUCAUCAUUGUAACAAUGCCUGAGGUUGAGUCAGCUUUAAAAAGGAAAGGUUUACUCUGCUUCACAGUUUUGGAGGUUUCAGUCCCUGGACAGCGGGCCCACUGCCUUUGGUCCUGGGGCGAGGUGGCACAUGGUGGCAGGAAUGCAUGGCAGCGGAUCCGUGCCCACCUCAUGGUGCCCGGAAACAGAAACAAGAAGGGGCUGGGGUCCCAGUGUCCCCCUCAGUGGCACACCCUGGUGAUCUCCUUCCAGGCCCCACCUCUUAAAGGUUCCACUACUGCCCAGGUGUGCCAUAGGCUGGUGGCCAACCCUUUAACGCAUAGGCCUUUCAGGGACACUAAUCCAACCGUAUCGCUUUUGCUUCCCUUCCCCGGGGAGUAAGCAAAAUGCCUUAUGAAUAAGGCGCACUAAAGAAUUAGCACAAGUGAAUCCUGGAAUGACAUUUAAACAGUUUAAACGGUUAACCCAAGAGGGUAAGAGAAAUAGCAAGAAUGUUUUACGGGGUGGGCUGCGUUUUCUUGCUGACAUCCUCAUGUUCUCUUUGAAGGACGAGGGCACAAGAAAUAACUAGGACUUGGCCACUACCUCUGUAUCCCCCAGGAGUACAACAGGAGCCCGGCUGCUGGACAGUAACUCAGUUUUCUCUUUUCUCAGAAACAUGAUUCCGGUGACAGAAUUCCGGCAGUUCUCUGAGCAGCAGCCAGCCUUCCGGGUGCUGAAGCCAUGGUGGGACGUGUUUACGGAUUACCUCUCCGUGGCCAUGCUGAUGAUCGGUGUGUUCGGAUGCACUUUGCAGGUCAUGCAAGACAAGAUAAUCUGCCUUCCAAAAAGAGUGCAGCCUGCUCAGAACCACUCAUCUGUUUCAAAUGUCUCUCAAGCACUUGCCAGUACCACCCCGCUGCCUCCACCCAAGCCAUCUCCUACCAAUCCUGCCACUGUGGAAAUGAAAGGGCUGAAGACGGACCUGGAUCUUCAGCAGUACAGUUUCAUAAACCAGAUGUGCUACGAGCGAGCCCUGCAUUGGUAUGCCAAGUACUUCCCCUACCUUGUGCUCAUCCAUACUCUGGUCUUCAUGCUGUGCAGUAACUUUUGGUUCAAAUUCCCUGGAUCCAGCUCCAAAAUAGAACAUUUCAUCUCCAUCCUGGGAAAGUGUUUUGACUCUCCCUGGACCACACGGGCUUUAUCUGAAGUAUCUGGGGAGGACUCAGAAGAAAAAGACAACAGGAAGAACAACAUGAACAGGUCUAACACCACCCAGUCUGGUCCAGAGGGCAGCCUGGUCAACUCUCAGUCUCUGAAGUCAAUUCCUGAGAAGUUUGUGGUUGACAAAUCUACAGCAGGAGCUCUGGAUAAAAAGGAAGGGGAGCAAGCAAAGGCCUUAUUUGAGAAGGUGAAGAAGUUCAGGCUGCAUGUAGAAGAAGGUGAUAUACUGUAUGCUAUGUAUGUUCGCCAGACUGUGCUCAAGGUCAUCAAAUUCCUCAUCAUCAUUGCAUAUAAUAGUGCUCUGGUUUCCAAAGUCCAGUUUACAGUGGACUGUAAUGUCGACAUUCAGGACAUGACUGGUUAUAAAAACUUUUCCUGCAAUCAUACCAUGGCACACUUGUUCUCAAAACUCUCCUUUUGCUACUUGUGCUUUGUAAGUAUCUACGGAUUGACGUGCCUUUAUACCUUAUACUGGCUCUUCUACCGUUCUCUAAGGGAAUAUUCUUUUGAGUAUGUCCGGCAGGAGACUGGAAUUGAUGAUAUUCCAGAUGUGAAAAAUGACUUCGCUUUUAUGCUUCAUAUGAUCGAUCAAUAUGAUCCUCUUUAUUCCAAGAGAUUUGCAGUGUUCCUGUCUGAAGUCAGCGAAAACAAGUUAAAGCAGCUAAACUUAAAUAAUGAGUGGACGCCUGAUAAGCUGAGGCAGAAACUGCAGACAAAUGCCCAUAACCGACUGGAACUGCCUCUUAUCAUGCUCUCCGGCCUUCCAGACACUGUUUUUGAAAUUACAGAGUUGCAGUCUCUAAAACUUGAAAUCAUUAAGAAUGUAAUGAUACCAGCCACCGUUGCUCAGCUAGACAAUCUCCAGGAACUCUCUCUACACCAGUGCUCUGUCAAAAUCCACAGUGCAGCUCUCUCUUUCCUGAAGGAAAACCUCAAAGUCCUGAGUGUCAAGUUUGAUGACAUGAGGGAGCUUCCCCCCUGGAUGUAUGGGCUGCGGAAUCUGGAAGAGCUCUACCUUGUCGGCUCUCUAAGUCAUGAUAUUUCAAAAAACGUCACCCUUGAGUCUCUGCGUGAUCUCAAAAGCCUUAAAAUUCUCUCUAUCAAAAGCAACGUUUCCAAAAUCCCUCAGGCGGUGGUGGAUGUUGCCAGUCAUCUCCAGAAGAUGUGCAUACACAAUGACGGCACCAAGCUGGUGAUGAUCAACAACUUAAAGAAGAUGACCAAUCUGACAGAGCUGGAACUUGUCCACUGUGACCUGGAGCGCAUUCCUCAUGCUGUGUUCAGCCUGCUCAGUCUCCAGGAACUGGACCUGAAGGAAAACAACCUGAAAUCUAUAGAAGAAAUCGUGAGCUUCCAGCACUUGAGGAAGUUGACAGUGCUAAAACUGUGGCAUAACAGCAUCACCUACAUCCCAGAGCAUAUAAAGAAACUUACUAGUCUGGAACGACUGUCCUUUAGUCACAAUAAAAUAGAGGUGCUGCCUUCCCACCUCUUCCUAUGCAACAAAAUCCGAUACUUGGACUUAUCCUACAACGAUAUCCGAUUCAUCCCACCUGAAGUCGGAGUUCUGCAAAGUUUACAGUAUUUUUCCAUCAUGUGUAACAAAGUGGAAAGCCUUCCAGAUGAACUCUACUUCUGCAAGAAACUUAAGACCCUGAAGAUUGGGAAAAACAGUCUAUCAGUACUCUCACCGAAAAUCGGGAAUUUACUAUUUCUCUCCUACUUGGAUGUCAAAGGGAAUCACUUUGAAAUCCUCCCUCCCGAACUGGGUGACUGCCGGGCUCUGAAACGAGCUGGUCUAGUUGUAGAAGACACUCUCUUUGAAACUCUGCCCUCUGAUGUCCGGGAGCAAAUGAAAGCAGAAUAACUUACUUUUCAUCAAAGUGUGACUGAAACGUGCUUCUACCAAAUACAGUACAAAUAAUUAGGUAGUCUUAAUGCCUUUCUUUUUUUUUUCUUUUUCACACAAAAUGUACACAGAGAUUGAGUGAGCAGUAUGUAUUUUUAAUAAAAAUGUAAUUGUAUUUUUCAAUAUUA